AAGAAAAAAAACUUUCUAUAAAUAAAAUAGUGAGACAUAGGUUGCAGUCACAGCUUAGUGAGAAAUAACUUGAGAGAAAUGGUGUCUUCAAAAAACAUAGGAAAAUAUAGACUUGGCAGAACCAUAGGAGAAGGUACAUUCUCUAAGGUUAAGCUUGCUUUCAAUGGCAACAAUGGUGAGAAGGUAGCAAUCAAGGUCAUUGACAAGAAUAUGGUCUUGAAAAACAAUCUUAAGUAUCAGGUACAAAGUGAGAUUAGAACAAUGAAACUUCUACAUCAUCCUAAUAUUGUUAGAAUUCAAGAGGUUAUUGGUACAAAGACAAAGAUAUACAUUGUGAUGGAAUAUGUAUCAGGAGGUCAACUGUUGGACAAGAUGUCAUAUGUUGAUAAGUUGAAUGAAUGUGAGGCAAGAAAAAUAUUCCAGCAACUUGUUGAUGCCGUCGAUUAUUGCCAUAACAAGGGAGUUUUUCAUCGCGAUUUAAAGCCAGAAAACUUGCUUCUUGACAGCCAGGGAAAUCUCAAAGUGUCUGAUUUUGGAUUAUCUGCAUUGAGUAAGCCUAAUGAUGUCCUAAACACAAGGUGUGGAUCGCCGUGCUACGUGGCUCCUGAGCUGCUGAUGAGCAGAGGGUAUGAUGGAGCAGCUGCUGAUGUUUGGUCAUGUGGUGUGAUUCUUUUUGAGUUACUGGCUGGUUUUCUUCCAUUUGAUGACCAAAACUUGAUGAGCUUAUACCAUAAGAUAUGCAGAGCAAAAUAUGUAUGCCCCCCAUGGUUUAUUCAAAGUCAAAAGAAGUUAAUUACCAAAAUACUCGAACCGCAUCCUGAAAAGCGGAUAAAUAUUUCAGAUAUUAUUGAAAAUGAGUGGUUUCAAAUAGAUUACAAACCAUCUUGUGCGCAUGAAAUUGAUCCGAUUAUUAACCUGGAUGACAAAAGUGAUGCUUUUGACCCAAUUGAGGAUAAAACUACGAAGUCAACAAUAACCAAGUCCUCGAGCUUCAUUAAUGCGUUUCAACUGAUAGCCAUGUCUCAGGACCUUGAUCUAUCUGCACUUUUUGAAGAACAGGAUCACAAGAAGCAGAUAACAAUGUUCGGAUCCCAACAUACAAUCAGUGAAACAGUAGAAAAAAUAGAAGCUGCUGCAACAGAUGUGAGACUGUCAGUGAUGAAAAUGAACAAUUUUAAGAUGAAAAUGCACCCAAAACAGACAUUGACUAGAUGUUCUAGAUCAUACUUUGACCUAUCUGCUGAGGUGAUAGAAGUUGCUCCGGCUCAUUGUGUUGUACAAAUAUCAAAAUCUGCAGGAGAUCUAAGAAUGUACAAUGAAUUUUGUGAAAGUUUAUCAAGUCUGCUGAAAGAAAAAUCUAGUAUGUCAUCGCAUGACCGAGACUCGGUGGAUCAAUGCAAAGUUAGCAGCAGAGAAAAGAAAGAUGAUGAAUGCUAUGCAAAGCCAAACCAUGAAGAUUUCCGUGGCUAUAACUCUGCUUGAAGAAUGAUUUAAACCCUGUCUCUAUUAUUUUAUUGAAGUUCAUCGUAUAACAUGGCAAGGAGAGAACAAAAUAUUUUCUCAAAGCUUGUUUUUUUACUCAAGUAUCUCUUAUUUUCUAUCUUCUUGAGAGAAUCAAUUUUCCUGUGAAUUCAUUAUUUUCUUCAUUGUAAAAUAAUGGGAAUUAUAAUUUUUGUGAUAAUUGAGAUUUGCAUUAAUCUAAUAAGCAAAAUCUGUAAAAACAUAGGGAUAUAUAUAGUGAAAAAUAUAGAAAUAAAAAACAACCACACUGUUAAAUC